AUGAGGCUCAACCCCUUUAAGUGCGCUUUUGCCAUGGAAACUGGGAAGUUUCUCAGCUUCAUGAUAACGCAAAGGGGGAUAGAAGCCAACCCGGAUAAGUGCGAAGUUGUCUUGCAAAUGACAAGCUCGGGUUAUGUUAAGGAUGUGCAAAAAUUGGCAGGAAGGCUCACUGCCCUAUCUUGUUUCCUGGGCACAUUGGCAACAAAGGCCCUCCCCUUCUUCAAUCUGAUGAAGAAAGGGAUAGCCUUCGAAUGGACCCCAGCAUGUGAAGAAGCAUUCGACCAUUUCAAAAGGAUAUUAUCAACACCUCCUAUCCUCGGCAAGCCGAAAGAAGGGGAAUCAUUGUUCUUAUACCUGGCAGUUACAGAUCAAGCCCUAGCAACUGCCCUCAUUCGAGAGGAACGCAAGAUCCAGCAACCAGUAUACUUUGUCAGUAAGGCACUCCAAGGAGCAGAGCUGAGGUACACUAAGUUAGAAAAAUUGGCCUAUGGCCUGUUGAUCUCAUCCAUAAGGUUGAAACAAUACUUCCAAGGGCACCCGGUCACUGUCAGGACCGACCAAGCCAUUAGACAAGUUCUCCAGAUACUUGAUUUAGCGGGCCGCAUGAUGGCGUGGGCUAUCAAGUUGCCCCAGUACGAUUUGCACUACGAACCUAGGCAUGCAAUCAAGGCCCAAGAAAUAGUGGACUUCCUGGUAGAGGUAAUCGGUGACCCGCCCGAGCACACGAGCACACGGUGGAAGCUCUAUAUGAACGGAGCUUCCAACCAGGCAUUUGGAAAGGCAGGGAUAAUACUUGAAAGCCCAGCUGGAAUGACUUACGAGCAAUCAGUCAAGUUUGAUUUCCCGGUAUCUAACAAUCCAGCGGAAUAUGAAGCCUUGAUAGGGGGUCUACUCUUGGCCAGAGAGGUCGGGGCAUUGCGGGUCAAAGUCAACAGCGACUCCCAGAUCGUUACUUCCCAAGUUAAUGGGACCUAUCAGGCCAAAGAUUCCCUACUCCAGAAGUAUUUGGAGAUGGUAAAAAGGUUAUGUGAAGACUUUGAAGAGGUCAUGAUUCAACAUGUACCCAGAGAAAGAAACGCGAGGGCCGACCUCUUGUCAAAGUUAGCAAGUACAAAGCCAGGGAUGGGAAACCGAUCUCUGAUCCAGGGGUUGAUCAAGGAGGCGUCGGUAACCCUCUGUGUCAUACAGGCACUGAACCCCCCCUCAUGGAUUGAUCCAAUCCGCCAUUUCCUAGAAAAUGGCAAGCUCCCUAAAGGCGAAUGGGAAGCCAGGGCGGUAAGGCGGGAAGUAACCAGAGGUCGUCAUCUCGGACAACGGGACACAGUUCGCAGACAGGAAGUUUGGGGAGUUCCUCUCAAGACUGGGGGUCAAGCAGAAAUUCUCUUUGAUAGAACACCCGCAGAGACGAUACCCCAAUCUUCUACCGGGGAAACCCUGUUUCGGCUUACUUAUGGGGUCGACGCCGUCAUCCCAAUUGAAAUCGGGAAACCAAGCCCGAGACUGCUCCUUGGGGGCGUAGACGAAGCGGUGGAGAAGGAUCUGAUUGACGAAACCAGGGAGAUGAUCCACUUGACAGAAACAGCGUUGAAGCAAAGAGUGCCUUUAAGAUACAAUGCCAAAGUGCUGAAGAGAAGCUUCGAGACAGGCGACCUGGUGUUGCGGAGAAAUGACAUCGGAUCACUGACCCCAGGAGAAGGCAAGUUGGCAGCAGAUUGGAAAGGCCCAUACAGUUUAAGAGAAGUGCUCGGCAAAGGAGCUUACAAGCUGGAACGCUUGGAUGGAAGCGAGGUACCCAGGACAUGA